AUGCGACCAGAGCCUUUUAUUACCAAAAAUGUUGUUGGAUGUAAUGUUUUGAUGUAUGUUAUAGAUAUUUCUGAUGUCUAUCGUCCACAAGAAGCCAAAGACGAAAUGUUCAGAUUUCUUCAAGACUCUGAAACUCGUGGUAUCCCACUGAUCAUAAUUUUCUCAAAAGUUGAUUUGCCUUACAACAUGACUGAAACUGAAUUAAUAAAAUUUUUCGAGCUUGACAAAAUAAAAGAACGAAAGUGGACUUUUAUAAUGAUGAGUGCUUACACAGAAAUGGGCUUGUUAGAGGGGUUUAAAUGGGUCGAAUCAAAGGCUAAAUUAAUUUUUUAA